AUGCAACGAGUUGCCCCAUUGCUUCUAUCGUUCGCACUUUUCACCUCAUGGCUACCAGGACUUCAUUUGUGCUCGGCGUCGACUGUUUUACCCGACAAAGAGACAAUGCUACAAGAGCUCGAACGAGCUACAGCUCACUGUGCUGAAAUCACUGACGAGAAUUUGCUUUUCCAUUGCGUGACCCGGGCAAAGAAGCGAUUAGAGAUCAAGAAUGAGUUGGAAAAGACCUUGAAAGUGCCCGCAAAUGGAAGGAUACCGAUGCAAAUGUCGGAAGAAUCGCUGAAGAAAAUCCUUGUACGAGAAGGUUACAACGAGGAUGGGACACUGAAGUCUGAAGAGGGUGAGCUGAUCCCUUCGGCUUUCAUCGUUCCAGUCAUGCAAAACCCGUCUUUCUUGCCGGAAAACCGUCACCGAUCCUAUUUUGAUUUCAAAGACUAUGACACAAAGCACGUGAAGGAGGCCAUUCUCAACAUUUUUAUCAAGGGGAUUUACAACCCAAACGGACUCUCCCACUAUGAUGUUCAUGUUUACAAGUUCAUUUCGGAUGAAGAAGUCGAUCUUUCUCCCAUCUGGAGCUACCGAAGAAGCCGAGAAAUGUCGAUGAAUGGAAAUUGGGACACAGUUGACAUCACCGAUCUUGUGAAAGAGUGGGGAGCAAAUCCGGAAUCGAACUUUGGAAUGAUGAUUCGAGUUGAGCCGGAAGACAAGAAUUACCCUGAUGAUUUUGAUCCCGUCGAGAGAAAUAGCGACAAAUCUGCUAUGUUCUUGGAAGUAAAGAAAUCACCGCCAUCAAGAGCCCGAAGGAGCUUAGCAAUUGGAAAGAACAACACCUGCAAAAUUGAAGCAAAUCACCCAGAUGCCUCUUGCUGUCGAUACUCACUUCUGAUCAACUUCAAAGAAUUCGGAUGGGAUUGGGUUGUCGCACCGGCUGUCUACAACGCCUAUUACUGUGCCGGGCGAUGCAAGAAAGGACACUCUCGUUCAUCGAGCCACCACGCCAUGCUAUUGGAGUUCACGAACGCUGAAAACAUGUGCUGUUCACCGGAAAGAUUAACCGACCUUCAAAUCAUCUACACCAACAAUCAAACAGGUGCUCCCGAAAAGACGGUCAUCAAGAACUCGAUCGUUCAAUCGUGCGGGUGUAAA